GAGACGGUGCUAUGAAAUCGGGUGAGCUCGCGAAGGUUCGGGUGGGGUCGGUUCGCCGCCUUGCCUGCCAUGACUGGCCGGCCGUGGCCUCGCGGGGGGUGAGGGUGGGGGCGAUAUGGCGCGUCGGCGAGGGAAGCCGCGGCAGUGAAUCCGGCGUCGUGAUUGGUCGUCGCGUGGGAGAGCCGCCCGCCCGAGCUCACCGUGGCCGGCAGUCAGUACCGAGCAUCCAGGCAGAGCACAUCGAGCCAUCGGAGUCGGGGUGAGAUACGGAAACACGCACCUCGGGACCUUAUCACGGGCACGAUGGCCGUCCGGCGCGUGCACCGUCAACAUCAACAGCAAGAACAACAACGUCGUCACCGUUGUCGUAGUGUCGUACUCGUCGCGCGUGUACUUGGCAGUCAUCUCCACACGGAAUCACAGCAACAGCAUCGUGGGCUCGCCAAAGUAUCGUGGCCACCAUCGUACGGAUACGUGGCGCGCGGACUAUGUGCCUGGUGCACGCAAUAAGAAACGAAACAGAAAGAGAAAGCACGACGACGCACGGAAAUUUGCUACGCGCUAAUCCGACACACACGGUCUGCCAACUACACACUGCCUACUACAUCACGUUUCACCGUUACCUCCUCCUUGUCCACUCGUUUUUAAACGCCUAUAACGCACCUCCUUCGCUCCUCCCUGUACGCCAGACUCUUCCCACGCGGUCCUCGUAUCUUCGGUGAGAUUACGUUUCGGUUAAUAAGCGAGGAAAACGAGCGUCGGCUGUUAAACCUUGCCCGUUGCCAUGCGUCGUUACAAUUUCCGUCGUGGAACGUCGUAAAACGAGAAAUAUAUAUUUAUAUAUACAUAUAUAUAUAUCGUUGUGUUUUGACUGGUGGUGCGUUUUAUUACUCGUCUCGCGUUUUUCGUCGGUGCAACGUUCUUGUGUCCGGUUCGGGGAAGUGUGUAGCCUGACCUCCUCCGUCGUCGACGGUGGUGUGGAGGCGAAGGUGACGGUGAACCGUUUCUCUGUGCUUCGUCGUAUUACGUAUAUUGUCUGUUCUGUGCGGCAACGGUGAGACAGAAAGGGCGAGUGUCCGGCGGUGACGUCCUUCGAAAGUAACGCGCGUCGUCUAGUUAAAGUAGCGCGGAUCCGACGGAUCGCUCGUCGAAGCUGUCGUCGGUGGUUCGUCGCACGACCGCAGUGGUAUCGCGGCCGGCACGCGAGGAGGAUCGGAUUUUGAAAUUGCCGCGUUGCUCGGAUCGGUUCUGUGGACACACCUCUCGCGUUAAGUCGGUGGACGACGAAGACAGGAAAGACGGUGGCCGUCGCUCGGCCAGCAAUAAUGCCGCACGUGAGCAGCAACGGCGGCGGCGAUGAUCUCGGCAGCGAAGACGAGGUCAAGGUCUUCAAGGAUGAGGGCGAGGACGAGAAGAGGUCCUCCGAGAACCUCACGGAGGAGAAAAGUUCCCUCAUCGACCUCACGGAAUCUGAGGAAAAGGUCUCUCUCGCCGGUGGAAGUUACGCGACGACGGGCAAGACAUCGACGAGAUCCGACCUCAGCCCCGUUUUCGGUAAGGUGGAUCCGACGCCGCAUACCUCGUCGUUCAACAUGGGCUACCUCGUCUCGCCGUACCCCUACCCCAAUGGCGCCGGAGGACCCAUUCCUGUCUCUAUGGUAAGUGGUUUGGCAGUCUCGUUCGCCCACCGUGCAACGCGACGAGGGGAUCCUUUCGGGUAAGCGCCUCUUUUGCUCUAGACGCUUACGAGCGGAACGCGCUUCUCCGAACGAUGCACAAUGGUCCAAAAUUCAUCCGCACUCGGUCGAAUUAGAGUUUGGUGUUCUUGUUCAAGAAACUGCUCGGCUCGAAUCGAUUAAAUAUCGAUUCGCUUGAUCGAAAGCAAAUGUUGGAUUAUAAGGGUUUCACGAUUCGCUCGUGUUACGCGAUCCGUAUCACCCGAAUUGGAAAUAUUUGCCUACGCGCAUAGCACGCGCAACCGGCUCCCACCACGCCGAAUAGAAACGUUUGCCUACGCGCAUAGCACGCGCAACCGGCUCCCAUCACGCCGAAUAGAAACGUUGAAGCCGCGGUGGGUCGUUACGAACCUCUCGGACGACCGCGAGGAGAGGAGAUUCGGGUAUCCCAUGACGAGAGGGUAUUAAAACUAUAACCGGAGCAGCAGGCUGGCCGGUAAUACGGCUGUGGGGGGCUUUGUCCAAGAGUCGAUGGACUCUUACUUAGCCUCGAUAUAGGUUCGUCAGACCGUAAUAGAAUGAGAGGCCACGAGAGUGUUGGUCGAGCAUGGUGGGAAGGGUGCAUUAGCCUAAUCCCGACGAUCCUCGUAGACUGUGAGAAGUAUCGUAUUCACCCUACCGAAUCAAUCAGCAUCUAUCCGUAACGUCUACCUUCGUGGGUGGCCGAGCAGAACGGUAGUUUUCUCCGGUGUGCUCUAACGGCCGUUAAGUGUAACCUACCGCAGCUACGAGUCCGUUCCGUUUCUGCGAGCUCUCCAUCGACGAUACCAAUUUGCAUAGACCCAGGGUCCCGUCGCGUUGCUAUCUUCUCCAAACACGAGGGACUCUCGAUCGCUGAAACUUCCGGGCACGGGCGGUUCGGGUAAAUUCUCUCGUCGAUUCCUUCGAUCGUGUCUCGACGCUGGAGGCUUGAAA